AUGGAUUGGGGAAACGUGACAGCGGAGGACUUGGUGGAUGCACUGCGGGAGGUAGAUUGGUCGUCACCACCUCGCCCUGUCUCAGAGUUCUUCCAUCGGUUCACUUUCCCAAGAUCUCUCGCCAAAUGGGACAGCCGAGUGAAAUGUAACCUCUACUAGUAAGAUUUCUUCCGGCUCUGGUCCGUAGCCUAUCUCCAUCUCUGUAUGGCUCCAUCGGUGUCCUGAUCGAUCGCUGACUGCUUCUUUUUGGAACCCUAAUUUGAUCUUGAUCGUCUCUUUUCGGGCCAUCUAAGAAUUCUCGAUUCCUAUUCAUAAACUCGAAGCUCUGGCUUUCCCCGUGAAACGACUGCCAGGUCUUUUAUGUCGUAUAUCGCAAGUGGUUUGUUACCCUUUGAGUAAAACCAUUCUCCUUGAUGGACGAAAUCUUUAAUUUUUUGUAAUUUGUACGGUGUCCCUUUUGCUGGAGAAAUUCCUGUUCACGUGCCGAUUAUGGCGUUUCCUGUUACAGUUUUAGACUGCUCUGCUCAAAGAGAUUGACCUUGUUCUUGAAUUGUUGUCCUUUUGUUUCCAGCUAUCGGACAAACUACUUCAUUAUGAUUGUCUUCAUCCUUGGUGAGUAAGGGACUUAAAAAAGGUGAACAACUUAACAUCGCGAUUAGUCCUACUCCUGUUGGCUAAUAGCUCCCAUAUUUCUAUGCAUAGGUAUUGGAUUUCUUCGGAAGCCAUUGGCUAUUAUUGCAGCCAUUUUAACUGGAUUGAGCAUUGCAUUUCUGAAUGAUAGGUAGAUCUUCUGAUCCAUCUCAGUCUUAGGAAACUGUUUUUUUCUUUUUGGGUUCCUUUGUGCAUGACAAGUAGGUUUAAGAUGGCUUUCGUGAUGCUUAAAUUUCAAGUGUUACUUUGUAUUCUUCGAGGCAUGCAUUGAUUUUAUUUAUAAUUAAAGCUUUCUUUUUUAUUUAAUGGUAGUUGACGCCCAAAGAAGCAUUUAUAAACCCUUUAUUCACCUUAUCUAUGAACAAUGAGGACCUUAUUCCAGACACACUCUAGGAAUUCUUCUGAACAUGAUCCUUUAUUUAUCAAAGAUUACUUCAUAAUCCCUGCAUAUCACGUACAUACUUUUUUACAAAUUAUGCAGUAAUGACCGUAUGCACUUUGGGUCGAUUUCCAUCCUCUUGCGUGAUUAUUUUGACAGAAGGAAAGAGAAGUACAAUAGUCAAUUUGGUUUUUACACAUGAAGGUUUUAUUUGGAAAACUUUGUAUGAGAGGAGGGAGAAUUUCAAAUGUAGAUGCCAAUCACAUGCUUAUGAAACUUUCUGGCCAUAACAGGUGCAUAUUCCUGCCAAGCCAUUUUAGUCCUACUAUACAUGACCAUGCUUUUGAAAUGAGUCAUUUCUAGAGUUUCAUAGCCUCACAUAUAUCCAUUUCCCACGUUGCCAAAUCAUGCAAUCGUGCUACUUGUCACCUGGGCUUUUUUAGGGAUUCAAAUAUCUUCAGUACCUCUACUUCCCCAUCUCGUUAACUACAAUUGGCCUUUGUUUAAAGUUACACCACUGGGAUUGUGCAGGACCACGUCAGGAAACAGUGAACUAUAGUACGAUUCCUUAUUUUUUGAAAAUUUUAAAAUGAUAAAGUGUAUUAUUUCGAAAAAAUUAGGGAUGAAUGUAAAGUGGGACUAUGGAGGAGCCUUUUGGAAUCGAUGGAACCUGGGACCAAUAUAGAGUAUAUGAGAGCAAGAAUAUGUGUCCUAUUCAGUUGUAUCAUUGGAUUGUCUCAAAAUGAGUAUUGGAAGUAUCAAAAUUCAAUAAUUGAGUUGGACGAUGACAUAAACAAGGACUUGCUCCAGUGGAUUGUAACUGUCUACCUGAAUAAGAGUAGCUUUUGGAUCAUCUUUUUUUUAGAUUGAAAUUCAUACUUAAUGAGAUAUACAUUAACUACGGUAUUUUCGAAGCCUUGUAGGCUAUCCAUUACCCUUUUUCUGUAAUUAGCUGUAUUCUUAAUUCUAGAGAAAGAUCAAAUCUCUUUUGGGGCAUUGCAUAUUGUGUACUUAGUACUUAAGUGCCAUUGAUUCAUUUAAUAAUGUGAUUAUUUAGUUAAUGUUGACAAAGUCUUUGUCCUUUAGACUAGCUAGCGUAUUUUUUUCAUUUCAUUUACUUCCUAAAUAUUGUAAACACAGCUUUGCAGUUACUUUUAAUGAGAAGGUAACGAGGGCUGUAAGACAAAUUUCUCCGCACUUAGCUGCAAAGAUGAGACCACCUGUCGUGUGAGUAUGUCUGCCAAUUUGCCAUAUCAAUCAUAAUAGUGUGCGGGUGCAAUGUACCCCUUGUUGGGAAAUCUUGCUUAAGCCAUAACAUGCAGGCCUGUUAUUCGUGGGAGGCCAUCUGUGAAAAGGGCUAUCCAUAUUUGUGGACGACCUCGGUGGAUAUUCGUCUUGAUAUUUUCUGCCGGUAUUAUCAUUACCCCAGCCAUCAUUUGCAUAUAGCUGGUCCAUGUGAAGAAAUUAUUAUCAUUUAAUAUACUUCUUGAAAUAAUCAUUCAACAAACAACCAAAUGAUUGACAGUUCCCAUUGUUGAUUUCAGCUAGUUGCAUAUUGUGGAUCACCUCCUGUAGACUCUUGACUGUUCUGUUGGCACUUCUCAUUGGCCUAAUUGGUAAUUGUGCUGUCUAGUUACUCCCACUACUUCCUCGGAUUUUAAUUUUUUCUUUGGGGGUUUGAUUAUUCUCUCUUAAUCUCUCCAGCGAUGUUGCUCCAUGCUAGCUUUAGAACGCCCAAUCUGAAAGCACGCUUGAACACCUUCCGUGAGGAAUUUCGUGCUGUAUGGCGCAAUUACAGUGAGCUCUAA